AUGCGCACUGCCCACGCUCCGUUGCUUCUCUGGCGGAUCCUCUUUGAUGACAAAAUGGCGGCGGCAGCGGCGUCGGCGGCGGGCCCUCCCGGUUUAGGCUUUGACUUCGGCCCAAACAGCGCCCUCGAGAGCCGCGCCUUGGCCUACACGUUGCACCGAUGGAGCAGCUUCUCCUCCACUUAUUUGCCGGAGAAUAUUUUGGUAGACAAACCCAACGAUCAGUCGUCACGGUGGUCCUCUGAAAGCAACUACCCUCCACAGUAUCUCAUCUUGAAACUUGAAAGACCUGCCAUAGUCCAGAGUAUAACAUUUGGAAAAUAUGAGAAGACCCAUGUCUGUAACUUAAAGAAGUUUAAAGUGUUUGGUGGGAUGAAUGAAGAAAACAUGACAGAUCUAUUAUCUAGUGGCUUAAAGAAUGACUAUAACAAAGAAACCUUUACAUUGAAGCAUAAAAUUGAUGAGCAGAUGUUUCCGUGUCGAUUUAUCAAGAUAGUUCCAUUGCUGUCUUGGGGUCCCAGUUUCAAUUUUAGCAUCUGGUAUGUUGAACUCAGUGGCAUCGAUGAUCCAGACGUAGUGCAGCCCUGCCUCAAUUGGUACAGCAAGUACCGUGAACAGGAAGCCAUUCGCCUCUGUCUGAAGCACUUUCGCCAGCACAAUUACACAGAGGCCUUUGAGUCAUUGCAGAAGAAGACCAAGAUUGCGCUGGAGCAUCCCAUGCUGACAGACCUUCAUGACAAGUUAGUCCUGAAAGGAGACUUCAAUUCUUGUGAAGAGUUGAUAGAAAAAGCUGUGAAUGAUGGUUUGUUCAACCAGUACAUCAGUCAACAGGAGUAUAAACCACGAUGGGGACAGAUAAUUCCCAAAAGCACCAAAGGUGAUGGUGAAGACAGCAGGCCUGGGAUGCGAGGUGGUCAUCAAAUGGUGAUUGAUGUUCAAACAGAAACGGUGUAUUUGUUUGGAGGCUGGGAUGGUACACAGGACCUGGCGGACUUCUGGGCAUACAGCGUGAAGGAGAACCAAUGGAUGUGCAUAUCAAGAGACACUGAAAAAGAGAAUGGACCCAGUGCGCGGUCGUGUCACAAGAUGUGCAUUGACAUCCAGCGAAGACAAAUCUACACACUCGGUCGUUACCUGGAUUCUUCUGUGAGGAACAGCAAGUCUCUGAAAAGUGACUUCUAUCGCUAUGAUAUCGACACAAACACAUGGAUGCUGCUAAGUGAGGACACUGCAGCGGAUGGAGGCCCCAAGUUAGUGUUUGACCAUCAGAUGUGCAUGGAUUCAGAGAAGCAUAUGAUCUACACCUUUGGUGGCCGGAUUUUGACCUGCAACGGCAGCGUGGAUGACAGCAGGGCUAGCGAGCCACAGUUUAGUGGCCUCUUUGCUUUUGACUGUCGAUGUCGGAUGUGGAGGCUCUUGCGAGAGGAUUCCUGUAAUGCUGGCCCUGAAGAUAUCCAGUCCAGAAUAGGACACUGCAUGUUGUUCCAUUCAAAAAAUCGUUGCCUGUAUGUGUUUGGCGGGCAGAGGUCGAAAACAUACUUGAAUGACUUCUUCAGUUACGAUGUAGAUUGCGACCACGUGGACAUCAUAUCAGAUGGCACGAAGAAAGAUUCAGGGAUGGUUCCAAUGACAGGGUUUACCCAAAGAGCUACCAUUGAUCCAGAACUGAACGAAAUCCAUGUGUUGUCUGGACUUAGUAAAGACAAGGAGAAGAGGGAAGAGAAUGUUCGGAAUUCCUUCUGGAUUUAUGACAUUGUGCGGAACAGCUGGUCUUGUGUCUAUAAGAAUGAUCAAGCAGCCAAAGAGAAUCCAAGCAAAAGCCUUCAAGAGGAAGAGCCCUGCCCACGCUUUGCACACCAGCUUGUAUACGAUGAGUUGCACAAGGUUCAUUAUUUGUUUGGAGGGAAUCCAGGCAAAUCCUGUUCUCCAAAGAUGCGGCUGGAUGACUUCUGGUCCUUGAAGCUCUGCCGUCCGUCCAAGGAAUACCUACUUCGUCAUUGCAAAUACCUAAUAAGGAAGCACAGGUUUGAAGAGAAGGCUCAAACAGACCCGCUGAAUGCCCUGAAGUACCUGCAGAAUGACUUGUUUGUCACAUUUCAGCUGCUCGCUUCAGCCCUCUUCAAGUCUGGCUCCGCGCUUGCCACUCUGGGGUUUUCCGAUGUGGAUCACAUUUACGCCCAACGAACUCAGCUGUUUGAUACUUUGGUGAACUUCUUCCCGGACAACAUGACGCCUCCCAAGGGCAACCUGGUUGACCUCAUCACUCUGUGACAGGGCAGCUUUCGGAGUGGAGACAAAGAUGGCCAAGGAGGAGAAGAACAUUUUGGCUUCCAGUAUUUUUUUAAAACGGAUUUUGUGUGCACACGCGUUGAUUGGAGUGACUGGUUGGACUUCAGCGAUCGAGGACGAGCCAGCUUUGAGAGGGGCUUGAUGGGUAAUGCCAAAUGGGACUCAGCUAAUAAUAAUUAUAAUAAAAAAAGUAAUUUCCGUACAUCUGAAGGAGAAAACAAAUUAUAUAUUUUCUGACUUUGGGUUUAUAAAGGUUGAUGAACACUGACAGGAAGAAAGGAAUUGUGUGGUCAUCUGAGGUGUUGAUACUGUCUUGGGGUCCCUGGUGUGCUGCAUAUCCAUGACUUUUUUAUGUGGGAGGGGGAGGCCUUUUUGGCUUUGUUGUUUUGUCCCAAAAAAUUGCUUUUGGUUGUUUUCAGCUUUACUCUCGUGGUGUUUUCACCAGUAGCAGACACUGCUGGUGUUAUGUGAAGGUUGUGUGUCUCCAUGUGUUUGUCUGUCUCUCUCUGUCUACUCAAGUCUUGUAACUGCAGUGUGACUGUGUGUAGAAGAGCUGAAUUGUGGUCCAUUCACUUUAGAGAAGGCAGGCAGUGCCCUCUGGUGGUCCUCUGGCUGAGGAGCCAAAACAUAAUGCUCUGAGGGCAGAACUAAACUAUCCAGUCAGGUGAUGAAACAAGGCUCACCUCAUGCUUGGUGAAGAAAAGCAAUGGUGGACACACAGUGGAAGGAACCAGUGGCAGGGGAAGAGCCUGGCAUUGAUGGAUCUAUCCCUCUGGCAAUAAUCCUCAUGACUCUCUUUGAACAGAAUAAUAGAAGAAGGUAUACACAAACUCUGAUAUGCACCUUUUUUCCUCCUGAUUCAUGAAAUAAGCAGAAAUAAUGCUGGGAGAGAAGGUGGUUUCCUUUAUUGGAUUUUUUUCUAUACUAAGGAAUGGAAAAACAUGUUCUCUGUGCAGAAUGCCUUUCUUUUCCAAGCCUACCAUCACUGUUUUGCCGUAAUUGUUUGCUUGGAAGGAGACAUAUGUGGGCACGCAUGAUGUCUUCCCUUGUUCAGUGGUACUUUGGCUCAGUCCAUGGCAGCCUUCAGACGCAGGAUCCGUAGACUCAGAUCCUUGAUUCUUUUAAGUCCUUCAUGUUAGAGGCAGUUGUCAUCUAGUUUCUUUUCAAAAUUAACUGAGAAUCAUAGAAUGUAUUUAUUUAUCAUGUCAGGGGCAACCAGACAAUUGUAUUACAUUUCUAACAGAACAAAACAAACAAACAGACAAAA